AUGCCACCCCAGCCUGGAUUGUUCCCCGUGCACCACAGUACCGCUUCGUCCUCUCGUGCUCAAGAUGAGAUUAGGAAGGACCGGAAACGAAAGGAGAUUGCUGGCAGGAUGGGCAAAGAGAUUCUCGAACGCCGCGAUGAUGGACGCCAGUUUACUGAGACAAUCUCUGCUUUGCACAGCAACUCCAUCCAGCUCGCCGCUCGGCCGGAGACCCACCCCGCAUACAACCUUCGACUGUACCCCGUGUCACUCGAGCGCUCAGCGUUGCUAGCUCAACUAGUGUUCGAGGAACGGCACGCGCUUGAUUGCAUACAGACUGCCUAUGAUGAGGAGCGCGAGAAAGUAGAAGCCGAGUUUCAGCGUGGCAUGGGUAGUGUCCGAACACGCUUGAUGGACGGUAUCGAGGAACGCCGGAAGCGGGCACGCGAGGAAAAGGACGGCGACGGCACCAUUGGAGAUACGACUUUGGACUCGCAAGCUCGUCCGCAUAUAACGCGCAAGCUCCGCAAUAAGCUCGGUAACUCUCCGCCACCGACACCAGGUCAUGCCGGACAUGGUAACGCGAGUGCUGCGGGUGUAGGCCCACCCAUCAACGGUCCUGGAACGAACCCGCUUUCGUUAUCGGUAGACGAACUGCCCUCGCCAUUCCCGCUUCCUCUGGUCUCGAGUACAGCAGCGAACGGAGCAGGAGUCAACGGCGCUGCUGCGACCGGCCGGAAACGUGCCAAAGGCGAACCUCGAAACCAGAUAGCGGACCGAUCGAAAGCACCGCAAUCCCAGAUCACCCAUUGCAAGAACGACGAAAUCGAGAGCGAUUUGGGUGACAUACGUCGCGGAAACAAACGUCGCCGGGGACCGUUAGGCAGGGCAUGAGCGCGGAUGUUCCUGUUCAUGCUCGCGACAACGGUUGUCGCACAACGCCCCUCGCCUCCGAAAUGUUCCCGGCAUAUUCGCACUCUGUCCUCCAAGCGCCAAGCCUGUACUGCGGACAUAGACAGCUGCGGGCUCAUAUACCGAUACCCCCACGAGACGAUACCUUCGCGUUACCCCAAACUCAUGGCUCCGAAGGGCCAGAAAACCCUUGACGUCCGGGUCGCCCGGUGCGGCCCUGUCUAUGCACUAUGGCCGGAACGGCGCUUCCAUCCUGACAUCUCCAUCCACGUCGGGCUGCAUCCGCGGCGCGCUGGGAGCAUUCACGUUGCAGACGUCUUGUCCUGAAAUGCCUCACAAGUUUCAACUUGUAGCUAUCAAGUGGCAGUAGAUACCAUAUAUCACGCACGGCAACAGAACUGGGGGCGUAUCAUAGCAUGGGGUU